AUUUUUUGAUCAGACAUGUAUUUAAGCAGAUAUGGAUUUCUGUUCAGGCACAUGUUUGGACAGCUUAGGCAUUGGUUGGGUCCUGUUCAGGAGUGUAGUCCUCUUGGAUCACCGACAGGGAAGCAGAAGCUCCGUCAUUCAGCACAAAUAAAGAGUAAAAUGGCUUCCAUGCUGCUGCGGCCCACUGCCGCCGCCUCCUCCUGGGCGUCGCGACUCGGAGCCCGCCCCCUCAGUGUGACGGCCCCUCUUCAGGCUCAGGCCCAGACAAAGAGCAAGAAAACCCUGGCCCGUCCCGGAGUGAAGAACAUCGUUCUGGUGGAAGGAGUCCGAACGCCGUUCCUCUUGUCUGGAACCACGUAUGCUGACAUGAUGCCUCAUGACCUGGCCAGAGCCGCUCUGCAGGGUCUGCUGAACAGAACCGGGAUCCCCAAAGACGCCGUGGAUUACAUCAUUUAUGGAACGGUCAUUCAGGAAGUGAAAACCAGCAACGUGGCCAGAGAGGCAGCUCUGGGGGCAGGCUUCUCGGACAAGAUUCCAGCUCACACCGUCACCAUGGCCUGCAUCUCCUCCAACCAGGCCAUGACUUCAGCUGUCGGGCUGAUUGCUGCAGGUCAGUGUGACGCCGUCGUCGCAGGCGGGGUGGAGUUCAUGUCCGAUGUUCCCAUCCGGCACAGCCGCAAGAUGAGGAAGACCAUGCUGUCCCUGAACAAGGCCAAAACUCUGGGGCAGCGGCUUAGCCUGAUCGGCAGCAUCCGACUGGCUCACCUGUCCCCUGAGCUUCCCGCCGUGGCGGAAUUCUCCACGGCAGAAACCAUGGGCCACAGCGCUGACCGGCUGGCCGCUGCGUUCGGCGUCACUAGGCUGGAGCAGGACGAGUUCGCUCUGCGCUCCCACAGCCUGGCCCAAAAGGCUCAGGACGGCGGGCUGCUGGAGGACGUGGUCUCCUUCAAAGUACCAGGUCGGGACAUCGUUUCAAAGGACAACGGCAUCCGGCCGUCCUCCAUGGAGCAACUGGGAAAACUGAAGCCAGCCUUCAUCAAGCCUCACGGCACAGUCACCGCUGCCAACUCCUCCUUCCUGACGGACGGGGCCUCCGCUGUGCUCAUCAUGUCUGAGGAGAAAGCCUUGGCCAUGGGCUUCAAGCCCAAAGCCUACCUCAGAGACUUCGUCUACGUCUCCCAGGACCCCAAAGAUCAGCUGCUACUGGGGCCGACCUACGCCACGCCAAAAGUUCUUGAGCGGUCCGGCUUGUCAUUGAGCGACAUCGACGUGUUUGAGUUUCACGAAGCAUUCGCCGGUCAGAUCAUGGCGAAUUUGAAGGCGAUGGACUCUGACUGGUUUGCUCAGACGUACAUGGGCAGGAAGUCAAAGGUUGGGGCUCCUCCCAUGGAGAAGUUCAACACGUGGGGGGGCUCUCUGUCUCUGGGACACCCCUUCGGUGCCACCGGCUGCAGGCUGGUGACCACAGUGGCUCAUCGACUGAAGAGGGAGGGGGGGCAGUACGGGCUGGUGGCAGCCUGUGCCGCAGGAGGACAGGGUCACGCCAUGGUGGUGGAGGCUUAUCCACAAUAACUCUGUUAGAUCUUCAUCCUCGUCACGCCUGCAGUCCAUGCUGACUAACAUGUUUGUAGACGCUGGAGGGUCCACAAACGCACCGCCUUGCCUUGAUCGGACGGGGAUGUAGAAGGAUGUGAAUGUUUGUAAAUGAAAUGCUGUUAGGAGGUUGAAGAAAGUGCAGAAGAUUGACUUGAUGAACUUCCUGUCUGCAGUUUAAUAUUACCAUGGUGACUCUAAUGUUUAUAAAUGCUGUAAUAUUUUUUUUUGUUACAAAUGAAAUGGUGUCAAAAUAAAAAUAAUUGGAACAACGU